GGGACGGGACGCGGGGACGCCCUGGCACAGGCCCGCGCUGCGCGGACGCAGAGGUUUGUCCCAGGGACGGGAGCUCCGGGAGCUGCGGGGUCUCUGUCUUUGCGGCCUGCUCUCCUGCUCAGGUGUCCAGGGGCCCGGCUGCUGCUGCUGCCCCCAGGAAGGCUUCCAGGAGGUGUUCUUGGCCCAGGUGCUCCCGCUGUAAGCACCGCCCUGGCCGUGAGGCGGGGCUCCGGGGGGCCCAUGCAGCCCGAGGGCCUUCUCCGCGUCUGCUCCGUGGUGCUGGCAGCGCUGGCCCUGCCGGCUGCCGGCACGUCCUGCUCCGCGUCCCUGGCCGUGCACCUGCGGAAGGACUGCCACCCCGACCCCGGGGCCUCGGAGGCCAGCUGCCGCGCCCGGAGCUGCUGCUGGGCCCCGUCUAAGACGCCGGGCGCGCCCUGGUGCUUCGAGAAGCUGGACUCCUGCGCGCUGGUGGCGCCCUCCGAGCGCGUGGACUGCCACCCCGAGCGCGGGGCCAACGAGGCCGCCUGCCUGAGGCGCGGCUGCCACUGGUGCGCCGCGGGCAGCAGCCCCGCGCCCUUCUGCUUCUACAGCUCCAAGCAGGAGGCCUCCUGCGCCACCAAGUUCCCGCUGCAGCGGCGCGUGGACUGCCACCCGCACCAGGGCGCGUCCCAGGAGAGCUGCGAGGCCCGCGGCUGCUUCUGGUGCGCCUCCGGCGUCCUGCACGUGCCCUGGUGCUUCUACCCCUCGGACGGCCCCUACGGCUACGCUCUGGAGGACCAGCCCCAGAGGACGGCCACCGGCUGGAGGUUGAUUCUGCGGAAGCGCGACACCAUCUCCCUGUUCGGGAACGACAUCUCCCCGCUGGUCCUGGAGGUGGACCUGCACACCAGCGAGCGGCUGCGCUUCAAGAUCUACGACCCCAACAACAAGCGCUUCGAGGUCCCCCUGGACAUCGACUCUCCCUCCAGCUCGGCCGUCAGCCCCAGCUACGACUUGGAGUUUGUCAACAGCACGGGGCUGCAGCUCCGCAUCAUCAGGAGGAAGAGCAGGACCGUGCUGUGGGAGACCAGCUUCGGGGGCCUGAUCUUCUCCAACCAGUUCCUGCAGGUGACCACCUCCGUGCCGUCAACCGCCGUCUAUGGGUUCGGGGAGCACGAGCACGCGUCCUUCAAGCACGACAUGAACUUCGUCAAAUACGGGAUGUUCUCCAGGGACCAGUCACCUGUGGCCUACAGCAACCUCUACGGCGUGCACCCCUUCUACAUGUGCGUGGAGGACGACUUCAACGCCCACGGCGUCCUGCUGCUGAACGCCAACGCCCAGGAGGUCAUCCUGAGCCCCUACCCCUCCCUGACCUUCCGCACCAUCGGUGGCAUCCUGGACUUCUACAUGUUCCUGGGCCCCAGCCCCGAGAACGUGGUGCAGCAGUACACCGAGGCCAUCGGACGCCCCCACUUCCCGCCGUAUUGGUCUCUGGGCUUCCAGCUGAGCCGCUGGGGCUACAACAGCAUCGAUGAGCUGAAGAAGACCGUGGACCGGCUCCGGCAGUACGACAUCCCGCAGGACGUGCAGUACGGGGACAUCGACUACAUGGAGCGCCAGAUGGACUUCACCUACGACAGGGUCAACUUCACCGGCCUGCCCGAGUACAUCAAGGAACUGAAGAACGAGGGUGUGCACUAUGCCAUCACCCUGGACCCUUUCUUGACAAAGGAUGAGCCGCGAGGGACUUACAGGCCCUUUGACCUCGGGCAGGACUUGGGAAUUUGGGUCAAUAACUCCGACGGGGCCACCCCAGCCAUCGGCAAGGCCUGGCCGCCAGGGGAAUGCGUGUUCCUGGACUACACCAACCCCAGAGCUGCUGAGUGGUGGGUGCAGAUGUGCACGGAGUUCCGGAGCGUGCUGGACUAUGACGGCAUCUGGAUCGACAUGAACGAACCGUCCAACUUCCGAGCAGGCCAGGAGCCGGGGUGUGAGGAAAAUAGUCUGAACUACCCCCCAUUUGUGCCCGACAUCACCGGCGGAUUUCUAGCUGAGAAGACGCUGUGCCCCGACUCCAGGACCUUCCUGGGGGACCUGUAUGACACGCACUCGCUGUACGGCUGGUCGCAGACCAUGCCCACCUUCUACGCUGCCCAGAACGCCACCCAGAGGCGCGCCUUCGUGCUGAGCCGCUCGACCUUCGUGGGCAGCGGGCGCUACGGCGGCCACGGGCUGGGCGACAACUUCUCCCGCUGGCGGGACCUGCACAUGUCGGUCAUCAGCAUGCUGGAGUUCAACCUCUUCGGCAUCCCUUUCGUGGGAGCCGACAUCUGCGGCUUCAACGAGGAGGCCAGCUACGAGCUCUGCCUGCGCUGGAUGCAGCUCGGCGCCUUCUACCCGCUGUCCAGGAACCGCAACGCGCGGGGCAGCAAGGAGCAGGACCCGGGCGCCUUCGGGGAGGAGUUCGCGGCGAUCGCCCGCACGGCUCUGCGGAACCGCUACACGCUGCUGCCCUACCUGUACACCCUCUUCUACCAGGCCCACGUGUACGGCGACACCGUGGUGCGGGCGCUGAUGCACGAGUUCAUCUCCGACCCCCUGACCCACGACAUCGACACGGCCUUCCUGUGGGGCCCGGCCUUCAUGGUCGUGCCCGUGCUGGAGGAGGGGGCCAGGUCGGUGACCGUGUAUUUCCCCGAGGCCGCCUGGUUUGACUUCUACACGGGGGACCAGGUGCCGCCCUCCUGGAGCCGGAAGCUGGUGGAGAUCCCGGCCCCGCUGGACCUGAUCCCGCUCUUCAUCCGCGGCGGGUACAUCCUGCCCACGCAGAGCCCCGACAGGACCACCAUGCUGAGUCGCAUGAACCCCUUCGGCCUGAUCGUAGCCCUGGACGAGCAGGGAGAAGCCCUGGGCACCCUCUUCUGGGAUGACGGCGACUCCAUCGAUUCCAUCGAGAGGGACGAGUUCUUCUACGUGGAGUACAGAUUCAGCAACAGGGUGCUCAGGGCCAACGUGGUCAAGAACGGCUACCAGGGCGUGGCCACGCUGUCCUACGGCACCGUCCAGAUCCUGGGCUUCCCCUCGAGGCCAAACCUGAUCUCCCUGAAUGGGAACCCCAUCCCCAGCAACCGGAUCCAGUACGACACCAACGGGAAAAUCAGUCUCUGGAUCUCGGCGCCUCUUUCCCACGAGCUGACCAUUUCAUUUGAGGUGGAGAAAUAUUUCAAAAGUAGCAACCAAAAUUAUCUGCAACAGUUAUUUAAAACUGUAAGAAAUUACUUCGUCUGAAAGUUAUUGUUUGAUUAGAAAAGUGACUCGAUUAAACAUUUUCAAGCUUGUGUGUCGUCUGCUGAGCGUUUUCCGC